GGACAAUUGCCCCGACGCUGGCGCAAUCACAUGUGCCCACUAGCACGACGGCUUGUGUUUUGAGACGGAGCUUUGAUGUGUCUUUUAUAAUUGUCCCUCGCCCGCUGGUGUGCGCCUGGCGAGUCGCGCUUUGUGUCUUGUCCUUACUUUGACUUAGCUGCUCCAAUUUGGGCCGACAUUCAAAGGUUGCCAUUGCCAGAUUCACCCGAAGCAGCUGAAGCCAACGGUGUAAAGCAUUCGAAAACGGGUGACACGACAUUUCUGCCAUGGCGUUCAAAAAGCACGACCGCCAGUAUGACGUGGUCGUUUUCGGCGCCACAGGCUACACUGGGUUGAUGACGGCUGAGCAUAUCGCAGCAACGUUCCCCACGAAUACUCGGUGGGCCGUGGCUGGACGGUCGGCCGACAAACUGCAGCAUGUCGUGAGCGAAUGCCAGAAGAUCAAUCAGGAUAGGCUGGCCCCAGCAGUUGAGGUGUGCAACCUCAAUGACGCAGAUCUCGCCCAGCUGGCUAGGAAGACAUGCGUCCUGAUUUCGACAGUGGGACCCUACGCCAAAUAUGGCGAGCACGCGUUCAAGGCCUGUGCCGAGGCGGGUACGCACUAUCUUGACUGCACGGGCGAGGCAGUAUGGACGCUAGACAUGAUCACAAAGUACGAGGCGACGGCCAAGCGUUCCGGGGCAUGCCUCAUCAGCCAGAACGGCGUCGAGUCGGCCCCGUCCGACGUCAUGGCCUACGUACUUGCGCAGACCAUCAAGAAGGAGCUGGAAGCAGACACGGGCGACGUGGUCGUCAGCGUUCACACGUUCAAGGCGAAGGCCUCUGGCGGGACGUUCGCCACGGCCCUGAAUCUCUUCGAGAGCUACGGCCUCCGGCAGAUCGGCGAGUCGCACAAGCCCUAUGCACUCUCACCAGUAAAGAGCAGCGAGCCCACGCCUAGAGCCUCGAUAUUCUCCAUGUUGACCGGACUCUACAAUAUCCCUGUGCUCGGAACUGUCUGUACCUCCAUUGCGUCCCGCACAAACGCCGCCAUCGUUUUUCGCUCAUGGGGUCUUGCAAAGAGCGAGCCUGCUCUUUCGAAGCAGUAUUAUGGACCAAAAUUCACGUACCGAGAGUUCAUGCGGCCUAAGAGCAAGCUGCAUGGCGUCAUUAUGCAUUACGGCAUCAUCUACGCUGGGCUGCUUCUCGCCUUUGUGCCGCCCUUUAGGGCCCUUCUCCGCCGCUUUUACUAUCAGCCUGGCCAGGGACCCGAGCGCGAGUCAACGCACAAGGAUCAAAUCGAGCUUCGCGGUGUGGCAACACCCGACUUCUCCGCCUGGGAAAGACAACCGCCCGCGGGGAAGGCUAGGCAACUCGCUUACGCACGAGGCAAUUGGAACGGCAGCAUGUAUUUGUUGACGGCGAUGUUGCUUGGACAGGCAGCACUUACAAUGCUGGAGGAUGAUGUGCCCAUGGUGGGAGGAGUGUAUACUCCUGCGACUCUUGGCCAAGGCUUCAUCGACAGAAUUGACGAUCGCGGCUUCAAGAUCGAGUCUGAGUUGGUUGAUGCUUGAGAUGAUUGAGAUGGUGGAUCGUAUGGCGAGCCCGGCGGCGCAGCUAGGUAUCUCCUCCAGCUUCCGCACAGCUCGGUGUAACAAUAGACUUCUGCAACCAAGGUGGCCGCAGAGGCUCUCGCAUGAAAUCGCAUGUGAUUGAAC